UCAUAGUCAUCUCAAAAAGGGGGCGUUUUUCUUUUCUCAGAUGAUCUGAAUUCUCAACUAUUUCCUUUUAGUGUAUUAUUGAACUGAAUGUGUGUGAAUUGUGUUCGAAAUGUUCUCGUUAACUAUAUUUAAUUUAAAUAAAAACAUUCCACUUGAAAGUAUUUAAUGAACUCUUUACUUAACAGAACUUACAACCUGACUGCAAUAGUUGAUUAUCCUUGGCAUGUAAAAUUAUUGCAUUUGCUUAGAUCUGUGGUCAGAUUGCUCAAAAUAGCGUCGGAGAAUUUUUUAAUUAUUCAAAGGUUUAAAGACUUAAUAAGAAAUAUGUAAUAAAACAAAUUAACCUAUUACAUUGCAAUGUAGUCACAUCUAAGUUUUCGAUAUUUUAAUAAUACAGAAGGAUUAGCACUAUUUUAGUAGGUCGGUUAAACGAUUUUAGGUCGUGUAGGUGUUCGAUCGGUAUGUGGCACAAUCAGGCAGUGUUAUGAAUGAGGAGGCUCUGUUGGCACGGGCUUCCGAAGAGCGGGAGCGUAUCUUCCAAAGAUACGAGAGAGGGCGAGAGAACCUCGCUGGUCAAAUAGAUCCCUGGGAAGAUCCUGAAUUUGAGGAUUACCAUAAAACAGAUAGAUAUGGAUUCAUUCAUGAUGAGAGACUCACACAAAAGACUGCACCACAAAAAGUUAAUGUGGAAGUUGAAAGAGAGAAGAAAUGGGUCAAGAUGCUUGGAUCCUGGGAAUCGGCCACUACAAAGGAAAAGUUGCACAGGAGAAUAUACAAAGGCAUUCCAAACUCAUUAAGAAUUAAGAUAUGGUGCAAACUCCUAAACGUAAAUACCAUAAAAUCAGAUAACCCUGGGAAGUUUCAGGAGAUGCUUAAACUUGCAAAGCAAUGGUCUACAGAUGUGAGGCAGAUUGAUUCAGAUGUGAAUAGACAGUUCAGAGAACACCAGUUCUAUAGAGAAAGAUAUUCAGAAAAGCAGUGCUCAUUGUUCAAUGUUUUGUGUGCUUACAGUAUGUAUAACUCUGAAGUGGGUUAUUGUCAGGGCAUGUCUGGCCUAGCUGGUGUUUUGCUCAUGUAUAUGGACGAAGAAGAUGCUUUUUGGGCACUUGCCAUACUUUUGUCUGAUAAGAAAUAUGCCAUGCACGGAUUGUAUGUUGAAGGUUUUCCAAAACUAACAAGGUUUCUAGAACAUCAUGAUAAAAUUUUGAUCAAGUUUAUGCCAAAGCUGAAACAUCACUUUGAUAAGUUUGGUCUUGAUGCCAUACUUUACUCUCUCAAAUGGUUCUUUGUAUGCUUUGUGGAACGAGUGCCCUUCAGUUUAUGUUUGAGGGUGUGGGAUAUAUAUCUGCUUGAUGGAGAGCGAGUGAUUACUGCUAUGGCCUAUACUAUUCUUAAGCUCCAUAAAAAAGCUAUUAUGAAGUUAAAUGAUAUGGAUCUUAUUGUUAAUUUUAUUCAGGUGAAACUUCAUAAAGACUUUGGCUUUGAGGACGACAUUGUUAUUUAUCAUUUAGAACGAUCCAUGGAAGAACUAAAACGAGCUAAACUCGACUACCCUGGUCCACCGCCGCCCUCUGAGAUGCCACAGCGUCAACUCGGUUUGUUCGUGGAACCAGACAAAAAGUCGAAAAUUGGCCAAAGAGCCGAAAAUUUCUCUGAAACCGAAAAACAUGCUCGAGCUACAGUAAUUUUAAGGCGUGAAAAGGCGGCUCUUGAGUUGCAGGAGCUUCGAGUGUCACAGAGCGACACAGUUUCAGUGUUGUGUUCAGAUCACAGCGGGGUCGCGAGCGGCGUUCGGUGCGAGGAUUCGACGUCCGCGCUUGGUUCGCGUCGCUCGCUCGCCGACACGAGCGUGACGAGCACGGCUGACCUCAGCGUGUUCUCGAGCGGACGGUCGCACGCGCCGGACAACUCGCUGGACACGCACAGCAACAUCAGCGACGACGGCACUGGGUCAGAUGGAUCGGGCAUUUGUGGCCUGAGCAUACAGAGGGCGCCGUCGACUUCCCACUCGACGCCGAGAGCCACGCCACACCCGCCCUCCGUCUCGCCUCAGUCCGAAGACGUGGUCCGCAUCCACGUCACGUACAACCCCCUGGCCGCUAGUCCAUCGCAUUUACAACCAGUCAGUCCCUCCAAGUACAAAGCAUACGACGAACACCACAAGCCGAUGUCACUGGGAUUCUACACUAACGGCGCCGCGAACCUGCCGUCGGACAAUAGAAUCAGGAUCCAGGUAUCGUCCGAGGAGUUACUGACGCCCGUGGUCGACUCCGGUCGCAUCAUAACCCAACGUUACAUAGAAUCUCAUGCAGGGAUCUACGAUAUUAAUUGAAUUGAUCAAUGUAAUCGAUGAAUACUCGGUUUUAAUGGAUAUUUAUUUUACCUCGAACUAGGGUGUCGAGUUUUGUCCAGUUAAAAUGUAAAGGUGAUACAUUACUCGAAUUUACGUUUUUUAGCGAUUAUUCAGUAUGAAAGAUUUAAAUUAUUUUCUUAUAAUUAAUUUUUAUUAUUUUUUAACUCGAUCUGCUCUAUCAAUUGAAAUGAUGCCAUAUUUUUUUUGUAUAUUAGCAUUCCGUUUUUUUUAACGACAAUAAAAAUAUCAAUUUGGAUUUAUU